UCCUCACCUGGUAUCUUUCGAAAACCCCCAAGGUCUCACCUGUGAGCUAUUGACAACCAGAGCUCAUUUAUGAGCCUCAAGGAGGAAGGAAUGAAGGGUUGGUGGCCUCCUUGUUGCUCUAUGGGAUGUGCAGGGGAGAGGAUGUUGGUUGGGCCCUGGUGCUGCUUGUAAAGGCAUAAGGUGACUCCAUCUCAGCCUGGUUGCCACUCCUGAUUCGGGUCUCGCAAUGCUUCCUGAUGCUCCAGAAGGUUUAGGGAGCCUUUUGUGUUUUGACACGGAUCCCGGGCCGCGUGUGGCAUUAUGCAAAUUGCCCGGCAACUAAAUUGGCACUCGAAAUGCCAAAUCCUUCGCUGAGUGCAGUUUGGCACGUGCCAGCGGCAACCUGUUUUCGAGGGAUCCCCCGCUGUGAUCUCCGAAGCGGCCGUAAAUACAAACCUGCCAGCCUUAAAUCCUCCAUGCAUGACUGCAGGAAUAAAUUUCCCGGGCUGUGUAGCGGAAUUGAAGCACUCCGAAAGGGUUCCCAGAUUAAGCCUUUUACGUCGUUGAGGUUUGUAACGGAGCCGUCAGAUGCUGUCACCAUGCGUGGAAGCAACGUGCUGUUGAACUGCGGGGCAGAAUCUGACCGAGGAGCUCCGGUCAUCAAGUGGAAGAAAGACGCCGUCUUCUUGAACCUGGCGGUAGACGAAAGGAGGCAGCAGCUGGCCAACGGCUCGCUCUUGAUACAAAACAUAGUCCACUCCAGGCACCACAAGCCAGACGAGGGGCUUUAUCAGUGCGAAGCAUCUCUGGAAGGCAUCGGAGCCAUCAUCAGUCGGACAGCGAAGGUCAUGGUAGCAGGACCGCUGAGGUUUCUUUCCCAGACGGAAUCGGUCACGGCUUUUGCGGGAGACACGAUCCUGCUCAAGUGCGAAGUCGUCGGGGAGCCCAUGCCUGUGGUGCACUGGCAGCGAAACCAGGAGGAUUUAUUCCUGAGCCCGGCCGACGCACGGGUGGCCGUCUUGCCCUCUGGAGCUUUACAAAUCAGCAGGAUUCAGCCUGGGGACAGUGGGAUCUACAGGUGCCUGGCGAAAAACCCAGCCAGUUCAAGGACCGGGAAUGAUGCAGAAGUCAGAGUGUUGUCAGAUCCAGGUCUGCACAGGCAACAAUUUUUCCUGCAGCGCCCGUCCAACGUGAUGGCCAUGGAAGGGAAGGAUGCUGUUUUGGAGUGCUGUGUCUCUGGGUACCCCCCUCCCACCUUCACGUGGCUGCGAGGAGAGGAAGUGCUCCCUAUCAGGUCCAAAAAGUAUUCAUUACUGGCUGGCAGUAACUUACUCAUAUCAAACGUGACCGAUGAUGAUUCAGGGACAUACACAUGCGUCGUCACCUACAAGAACGAGAACAGCAGCGGCUCUGCGGAACUGUCAGUGAUGGUUCCACCAUGGUUUUUAGUUCGCCCAUCGAAUCUUUAUGCCUACGAGAGCAUGGACAUCGAGUUUGAAUGCGCCGUGUCUGGCAAGCCCAUCCCUACGGUGGAGUGGAUCAAGAAUGGAGAAGUGGUCAUUCCUAGCGACUAUUUUCAGAUAGUGGGUGGCAGCAACUUGCGGAUUCUGGGCUUGGUAAAGUCAGAUGAAGGAUUUUAUCAGUGUGUAGCUGAAAAUGAAGCUGGAAACGCACAGGCCAGUGCACAGCUAAUCAUCCCAGAGCCUGCUGUCCUAAGCUCCAGUGUCCUCCCCUCUGCCCCCCGAGAUGUGGUCCCUGUCUUGGUCUCCAGCCGAUUUGUCCGUCUCAGCUGGCGCCCGCCCGCCGAAGCCCGAGGCAGCAUCCAGGCGUACACGGUCUUCUUCUCCAGGGAAGGCAUCAACAGGGAACGGGCGGUCAACACGUCGCAGUCCGGGACUCUCCAGCUCACCGUGGGCAACCUGCGACCGGAGGAGACCUACACCUUCCGCGUGGUGGCCUUCAACGAGUGGGGACCUGGCGAGAGCUCGCAGCCCGUCAAGGUGGCCACGCAGCCCGAGUUGCAAGUGCCAGGGCCGGUGGAAAACCUGCGGGCUGUGUCCACUUCACCUACCUCCAUCCUCGUGUCCUGGGAUCCCCCUGCCUACGCCAACGGCCCCGUGCAAGGCUACAGGCUCUUCUGGACGGAGACAGCAACGGGAAGGGAGCAGAACGUGGAGGUGGAAGGGCUCUCCUACCGGCUCGAGGGGCUGAAGAAGUUCACCGAGUACACCCUGCGCUUCCUGGCCUACAACCGCUACGGCCCCGGCGUCUCCACCGAGGACGUCACCGUCACCACGCUUUCGGAUGUGCCCAGCGCCAUGCCCCAGAACGUCUCCUUGGAAGUGGUCAACUCCAGGAGUAUCAAAGUUAGCUGGUUGCCUCCACCACCAGGCACUCAAAAUGGAUUUAUUACGGGCUAUAAAAUCCGACACAGAAAGACUACCCGCAGGGGUGAGAUUGAAACACUGGAGCCAAACAACCUCUGGUACUUGUUCACAGGACUGGAGAAAGGAAGCCAGUACAGUUUCCAGGUUGCUGCCAUGACGGUGAACGGGACCGGGCCGCCCUCGGACUGGUACACGGCAGAAACACCCGAGAAUGAUCUCGAUGAAUCUCAGGUUCCUGACCAGCCAAGCUCUCUCCACGUCAGACCUUUGACCACGAGCAUCGUCAUGAGCUGGACCCCGCCGCUCAACCCCAACAUUGUCGUCCGCGGGUACAUCAUCGGCUACGGCGUGGGCAGCCCAUACGCUGAGACCGUGCGGGUGGACAAUAAACAACGUUACUAUUCCAUUGAAAAUUUGGAGCCGAGCUCCCACUACGUGAUCUCCUUGAAGGCCUUCAACAACGCCGGCGAAGGAGUGCCUCUGUACGAAAGUGCCACCACCAGGUCGAUGACAGACCCCAUCGAUCCAUUAGAAGUUGAUUUUUAUCCUUUGCUUGAUGAUUUCCCCACGUCAGUCCCAGAUAUCUCCACCCCCAUGCUCCCACCAGUAGGUGUGCAGGCUGUUGCGCUGACCCACGACGCGGUGAGGGUCAUCUGGGCAGACAACUCUGUCCCGAAGAACCAAAAGACGACGGAGGUCCGCUUCUACACGGUCCGAUGGAGAACCAGCUACUCUACAAAUGCUAAAUACAAGUCAGCAGAUACGACAGCCCUGAGUCACACCGUCAUCGGCCUGAAGCCUAACACCAUGUACGAAUUCUCGGUCAUGGUCACCAAAGGGCGGAGGUCCAGCACCUGGAGCAUGACUGCCCACGCCACCACCUACGAAGCAGCUCCGACCUCUGCACCCAAGGACUUGACAGUCAUUACACGGGAAGGGAAGCCCCGAGCCGUCAUUGUCAGCUGGCAGCCACCAUUAGAAGCCAAUGGGAAAAUUACCGCUUACAUCCUCUUCUACACCCUGGACAAGAAUGCUCCCAUCGACGACUGGGUGAUGGAGUCCAUCAGCGGGGACCGGCUCACCCACCAGAUCAUGGAUCUCAGCCUGGACACCGUCUACUACUUCCGAAUCCAAGCCCGCAACGCAAAGGGAGUGGGGCCUCUCUCCGAUCCCGUUUUCUUCCGGACGCUGAAAGUUGAGCACCCCGACAAAAUGGCCAAUGACCAAGGUCGUCACGGCGAUGGCUCCUACUGGUCGGUGGACACCAACCUGAUUGACAGAAGCAGCCUGAAUGAGCCCCCCAUCGGGCAGAUGCACCCUCCCCACGGCAGCGUCACGCCCCAGAAGAACAGCAACCUCCUCGUCAUCAUCGUCGUCACCGUCGGCGUCAUCACCGUGGUGGUGGUGGUGGUGGUGGCCGUCAUCUGCACCAGGCGCUCCUCGGCACAGCAGAGAAAGAAACGUGCGACCCACAGCGCCAGCAAGCGGAAGGGCAGCCAGAAGGACCUGAGGCCCCCGGAUCUGUGGAUCCACCACGAGGAGAUGGAGAUGAAGAACAUGGAGAAGCCGACGGGCUCCGACCCCGCGGGGAGGGACUCGCCCAUGCAGAGCUGCCAGGACAUCACCCCCGUCAGCCACAGCCAGUCCGAAACGCAGCUGGGCACCAAGAGCACCCCGCAACCCGCUGCUGAGACAGAAGACGUUGGCAGCAGCAUGUCCACCUUAGAGCGCUCGCUCGCCGCCCGCAGAGCCACCCGUGCCAAGCUCAUGAUCCCGAUGGAUUCCCAACCCACCAACCCCCCUGUGGUCAGUGCCAUCCCUGUGCCCACCCUGGAAAGCGCCCAGUACCCCGGGAUCCUGCCGUCCCCCACCUGCGGAUACCCACACCCCCAAUUCACCCUGCGGCCGGUGCCUUUCCCCACCCUGGCUGUGGACAGGACCUUUGGAGCAGGAAGGACUGUAAACGAAGGACCAGCCCCGCAGCAACCCUCCUUGCUACCACCGACGCAGCCCGAGCACUCCAGCAACGAGGACGCCCCCAGCAGGACCAUCCCCACCGCCUGCGUGCGCCCCACGCACCCGCUCCGCAGCUUCGCCAACCCCUUGCUACCUCCGCCCAUGAGUGCAAUAGAACCGAAAGUCCCUUACACGCCACUUCUGUCUCAAACAGGGCCUAACCUUCCCAAGGCUCAGGUUAAAACAGCAUCCCUCGGCUUGGCAGGGAAAGCGAGGUCCCCCCUGCUGCCCGUCUCGGUACCCACGGCCCCGGAGGUUUCGGAGGAGGGCCACAAGCAGACGGAAGACUCCUCAAACGUUUACGAACAGGACGAUCUGAGCGAACAGAUGGCCAGUUUGGAGGGGCUGAUGAAGCAGCUCAACGCUAUCACGGGCUCAGCCUUCUAGGAGCUGGCGAGGGCCAGGUAACGACCCAGGAGCACUGCAGCAUACCAGGAUUUCACGCACACCACCCGCCUACAUGACCCCAUAACGUCGUCGCCUUCCUGGUUACCGCUCCUUCAGCGCCAGGAAGGUUCCUGCAAAGUCCUCGGAGGAAAGAUAAAAAAGAAGAAGAAAAAAAAAUAGUGAUGGAAGUGUUACAGAACUGUAGAGCUGGCAUCUCGAAGUGAUGAACGCGUGGCAAGACGACCGAGGCCAUCACCGCGGAGUCGCAGCUGAUGCCGCUGGAUCGCUCGUUUUCAUCUCCUAGUCUUCGUAGAGCUCAAGUUGUCCUGACUAACUCCUGUUUUACUCCGUAGAGGUCCGUAGCUUUUUCCUAUAGCUCUAGUCUUACCUCACGCCAGGCUGGUUUGAAGCGUAGCCCGUGCCAUUAAGCAGGCAGCGUUGUAGGUCACUCGUCUGUUUUCCCUACGUAAUUACUGACUACAGAAAGACCCCGCAGCAAACGACCACGCCACCACGCCAAAACCUCGGAGCUUUUCCCAACAGCACAAACGAGAAGGCAAAACGCUCGUUUAUUUUGUCACUGCGGCCCCUCGUCUCGCACGAGCUGCUGUAAAAAUGCAGCUAUUUUAGCAAGCCUUUGGAAACCGACCGAGGAAUUGGGAAGGUUUCCCCAAAACCACCUUUCCUGCUUCAGAUGGGCUCCGGGAGCAAAGCAAGCGAGGAGCAGGCCACGGGGAAGUCUUCGGCGAUCCCUUCUCCCUCUGGUCCCCGUGCUUCUCGGGCUGCUUAUUGACAACGGGCUGAAUUGAGUAAAUUUUGUGUGCACACAUUUGCUUGCUAAAUUUUCGGCUGCAUUCAGAGCUAAUCCCUGUUUAUGCAGCUGAAUCACCAAAAGGGAGCCGAUUUGCAUAUUUAUCAGUUAGGAGGCUGCAAAACCCAAUAAGAGAGUUUCAGAUGAAUUAUUCCAUUCAGCUCUGCCUUUGAUUUCAAGCUUGAGUGGGUCAUAAUUUUAAAAGAGCAUGGAAAGGAUAGGAUCUUUACAACCUAAUAGCUCCUUUUAUUAGGUGGGUAAUUAAAUGUGAAUCUCCGAAUAAAAUAUUUUGAGUAAAAUGGCACUGCAACAGAAGUAAUAAUUCAGAUUAUUUUCUACGGCCCCGUGCUGUAAAGGAAAAUCAGAUGUCAAGGAGGCAUUCGAAUGCUUCAUUAGGAACUCCAGUUGUGUUUGUGACAAAAAGCUCCUUAAAAACGCCUUGUUAUUCAAUUUGCUAAGAUUUUAAGGAAAUCUUUCUGGGGAGUACGGAAAUCCCGUUCGUACGGGCAGCUGAGCUUUCCAGCUCUGAGAUUUGUUGCCAAAAAGACUGGAGUGAAAAGAAACGGCACAAAUCUUCCGGGCUGAAAAACCCAGCUCAGCUGUUAGGACCUACGAAACCACUACCUCCGUUUUUACUCAGAGGAAAGAGGGCUUAAUGCAGCUUUUGAGUGGCUCCCCUUCGAUAUUUGCAGAGAUUGACGUUGUCUGAAGUGGGAACGUGAGGCCGGAUCUGACUCUCCCUGAUCCUUUAGGAAAUACCUGCUACCCUGGGCUUGCAGCGGGCUAUCUGGGAGCAGAAACAGCCCCCGGGACUUAAAUCAUGGCACAUUAAUCCCCAAAUUUGGUGUCUAACAAUCCCGAACUGCCUGGUGAGCCACCAGCGGGUUUGCAAACCGGGUUUGGUUUGGUUUGGACACGACCUUUGUGGUGUCCAGGCGCUUUCUUUGAACGCUUUGGUAUUGAUCAUCCUUUCUGUUUAGUUCAUGCAUCGGCACCAAAGCCCCUCAAAGUCUGCAGGUUGAUCCGGAGCUGCUGACGGUUCGAAGCAUAUCAAUUUCCAGACUUGGCCCGUUUAAAUCAACAAACUCCAUGCCAAAAGUGGUCUUCGUGUGCGCCACCCCUGGGAAGGGACAACCCGAUCAGCUCAGCCCGAGCAAGGCUCAACAACUCCUCUCCCCUCAUUUUUUUUUUAAAUAAAUGAGCAAGAAAUUUCAAACUAAGUUCCGCAUAUCUCGGUAAAACUAAAUUCUCCCAUAUACGAACAUCAACUUUCAGAAAUUGUGUUUUUCUUUGCCUGUUUCAGCAGAGCCCUUGACCUCCCCUGAGCUCCAUGACCCUAAAGGUGGGUGGUAGCCAUCCCAAGGAGCCUUGGAGAUGGUCCCAAGCAUUUUUGAAGAUGAUUUUUAGGAUGAUUUUCAUAGGAUGCCUAAGGGCUGAGAAGCUCAUUAGCAAACAGCUCAUCCUACAUGUGAACUACGUUACUUGCAAGCCCCAAAUGAGUGUUUUAACACAAAACUCUUGCAUUAUAUUUUGCUGAUGCUCUGUUUAUUUGCAGUGAGCUCGGCUUUGGCUUUUGACACGUUCCUCAGCUGUCAGAAUCCUUACAGCCCGUGACUGUCUCAGCCGUGGCCACUCCCGGAGCAAUGCAAUGAGAAAUCUGGCAAGGCUUGACAGGCUCAUGAAGCUCAACGGGAGCAGGGGAGAUCAUUAGCUAAUUAGUGCAAUGGGGCUGCCGUGAACAGGUGAAAAACAAAUGAGUUAGCAGGCAAAAAAGAUUUAUUUUUUUUUUAUUUUGGUCCUCCUAGACCUAAAACUUGGAGCAAUAUCAAUGGCUCCAAAGGCUCAGGGCUCCCCAGCUCCGUGUAUUUGUCUGCCAACUGCUUCGGUGUUCAUUUCUGGUUGAGAAGUUUCAGCCCCUUUGUGAAGCUGUUUAUUUUUUGGCAGGGGAAGGCUGAUGUUCUUGCAUGUCACGUUGGUUACAUCACGAUUCGGGGCUGGCCAUCGGGUGUCCCUUCUCAGGGACCAAGCACACGGCUUGGGCUUUACCCCAGGGGCAUUCAGAAGCACCCUUGGUACAAAAAGUGCAGGUGUUGGCAGGGUCAAAGCCAGCAGCAUCACCCAGUUGGGCAUUAAAUCCACAAAUAGGUGCAGGGAAGGGAAGAGCUCUGCAAGCAGGGCGAACGGCAAGCAGAAGGUGGCCGAGCUGCAACCCCUCGAUCUCAUUCCUGGAAUGGAUACCUUGGAAACUGGAGGAACCAAGCUUCUUUAUUUAUUUUUUCUCAUUUUUAAGCAAUCAAAGCCACUUCAUUGGUGAUCAGCGAUCGCUUUUCCCUUCAGCUUUUCCCUUCAUCUUCGUUUCCCCAUUAGCUACUAAGUGUCCUGGUGUCGAACUGGAUUCCCGGAGGUUCCACGACCUUUUUUUUUCAACUUCUCAGAGAAAAAAAAAAAAAAAAAGCAUCGAACGCAUCCUCAUCCUGAUCUUUGUUGGCUGGAGAACACGACACAGCCCCCACGUCACGAGGUGGCACAAGCCCACGGGCUCCGCCGUAUGCUGUAGACGUCCUCGGAGGAGCGAGGAAGCAAGGCCGGCAGAAGGAACGAUGCUGUUUUUAUUAUUGUAAAAUAGACCUGGCGAUUCCUACAUUUGCGAGUUGCCACCACGUUGGGGACGGGGCGGUUUGGGGCGGGGAGGGGCGGGGAGGGAGGGUGGACCUUUUUAUAAGUAAUAUUUAAUUUAUUAUUUCGAAUGUUUUCUUUGGGAUAAUUUAUGGGACGAGGGAUACCUGGCUGGAAAACCUAAAGCAGGCUGUUAAAGCUGCAGUGUGCCCACGGCCCCGCGUGCCGGGCUCUGGCACCGCGUCGCUCACCCCGAGCUGGAGCCAUCGGGAGGGUUGAGCAUCGUCACCGUGGCUGUCAUGCACACCUGAACUCCUAAGUUAAUUAGCUGGGAAGCCCAGCCUGCUAAUUAAAUGCUCUGACACUGGUGAAACUCGCCGUUUAAAGGGCUUCGCAAGGUAAUUCAAAACUUCUUAGCAAACUAGUGAUUUGUUUCUCUGAUAGAAAUGGGUAAUACUACAGCUUUAACUAGCCUUAGUUUAAAAAAAAAAAAAGAGAAGAAAAACUCUUGUUGUUACAAAAGGCCUAAAGAUGGCAUUUUGAGCCUAUAAACAGUUUCUUUAAAUUGUCAGACUCUAGCAUUGUUAACCAAAUUAGAAUAGUGACUGCAAUAUUUAAGUGUAAAUCUUGUUCUAUGAGAAAGGGAACUUGCUUACGGUUUAAAAAAAAAGACUGUUUCUACACACAAUCUUGUAUACUACUACAUGAAGAAAAAGGGGGUUUUGUAAUGCACUGUAGAACAGUCUCAUAAUUCAUUUUUUAUAGAAAUGUUAUUCCAAUGGUGCAUUUUUUUGUUUAAUAAAUAAAGUUUUGAUACAA